AUGGAUGAGACCGAGGCCGUCCCCCAGCUUGUCAACGGCGCCAGCCAGUUCCCCAAGAGCCAAUAUGUUACUCCCACAGAGGUUGAUGCCGUGCACGACCUGGUGUGCAUUGGCUUCGGCCCCGCCAGCGUCGCCAUUGCCAUUGCUAUGCACGACGCCAUGGAGGCCGGCAAGCUCAAGCAGUGCCCCAAAGUCCUCUUUCUGGAGAAGCAGCCCCAGUUCGCUUGGCACGCCGGCAUGCUCCUGCCCGGCGCGAAGAUGCAGAUUUCCUUCGUCAAGGACCUCGCCUCUCUCAGAGACCCCCGCUCUCAUUUCACCUUCCUCAACUACCUCCACAAGAACGAGAGACUGGUUGACUUCAUCAACCUGGACACCUUCACCCCCGCCCGCGCCGAGUUUGAGGACUAUCUCCGCUGGUGCGCCAACCACUUUGAGGACGUUGUCUGCUAUCAGAACGAGGUGGUCUCGGUCGCUCCUGUCCAGGAGGACGGCCCCGCCAAGAUCUUUGAGGUGACAUCACGCAACAUCAAGACCGGUGUGACCAGCACCUACCGCACACGCAACGUUCUUGUGGCUGCUGGUGGCCAGGCCUCCCUCCCCGACAUCUUCCCCGCUCACCACCCGCGUGUUAUUCACUCGUCUCAGUAUGCCCAACGGGCGCCUCAAAUUCUUGGCGACAGGUCGGCCCCCGUUCGCGUUGCCGUGGUUGGUGCCGGCCAGAGCGCCGCCGAGAUCUUCAGCAACGUCCAGAGUCUCUACCCCAACAGCAAGACCUACAUGGUCAUGAGAUCCGAGUUCCUCCGGCCAAGUGACGAUUCCCCCUUCAUCAACUCCAUCUUCAACCCCGAGUACAUUGACCAGAUCUUCCCCAAGUCCGCCGCCUACAAGGCCAAGUUUCUCCAUGAAGCCCGCGCUACCAACUACAGCGUCGUCCGCCUUGAGCUGAUUGAGCACCUCUUUGAGACCAUGUACCACCAGAAGCGGACGUUGGGCGCAGAUGAGAAGAAGUGGCCCCACAGGAUUCUGGCUGGCAGAGAGCUUAUCAAGGUGGAGGACAAGGGCGAUGGACUGCGCAUCAAGGUGGCCAGACUCUCCACCACUGGUGUGUCAGAUGGCCCCCUCCUCAACGAGGAGGACCUGGAUGUGGAUCUCGUCAUCUGCGCCACUGGCUACAAGAGAACGGCCCAUGUGGACAUCCUCAAGGGCGCCUAUGAUCUCCUUCCCGAGUUCGACGUUGCUGGUGAGCAGGAGCAGGAGCAGAUUGGCGUGCCCAGAAAGGACCGGUGGGUGGUGGAGAGCGCCAACAAGGCCCAAGAGUCAUCAAAGCGCGUGAUUGAGGUUGGCCGUGAUUACGGUGUUCGUUUUGCUAGCGGUGCCGUGGCUCAAGGCUCCGGUGUUUGGUUGCAAGGUUGCUGUGAAGGCACCCAUGGUUUGAGUGAUACCCUACUUUCUGUUCUGUCAACACGGUCCGGCGAGAUUGUUGAGUCUAUUUUCGGAGUUUCCAGGUGA